CGACGUCGUUUUAAUUCACUUUGUCAAAUAGAAUUCUACUUUAUUCUUUAUCUUCCGUCUCGUUUGCUCAAUAUUUUCUAGAUCUCUUCAGAACAGUAGUGAACAAGAAGAAGAGACUCAGAACAAAUCAUGGCUAAGAGCUCCUUCAAGCUUGAACACCCUCUUGAAAGGAGGCAGGCAGAAGCUGCCAGAAUCAGGGAGAAGUAUCCUGAUAGAAUACCAGUGAUUGUGGAGAAAGCUGAAAGAAGUGACAUACCUGACAUUGACAAGAAAAAAUAUCUUGUUCCUGCCGAUCUGACUGUUGGGCAAUUUGUAUAUGUCGUGCGGAAGAGGAUAAAGCUCAGUGCAGAGAAGGCAAUUUUCAUCUUUGUUAAGAACAUUUUGCCACCUACAGCUGCCAUGAUGUCUGCAAUUUAUGAGGAAAACAAAGAUGAAGAUGGUUUCCUUUACAUGACUUACAGUGGAGAAAACACAUUUGGUGCUUCAUUCUAAGGUGUCAUCCUAAACUUAUGUAAAUAAAGAAAGACUUGAUGGAAAAAUGUAAAUCCUUAGAUGUUUGCUUUUACUGAGGGAGCUCAUGGUCACUCAUGAUGCUCUUCUUAGAUGAUGCCUCUUCUAAACUUCUGGAUAUGUGGAGACCCUUCUUAUAUUGAUUUGAUGCAGUAAAUAUAAAUGCUUUCCUAUCUAUA